AUGGUCCGCCCUCUCCGCGUCGCUGCCGCCCAAGUCGGCCGAAUUGACCGCGGUACCCCUCGAGCCGCCGUGAUCUCUCGCCUCAACGCUCUCCUCGAUCAAGCAGCCGAAAAGGGCGUCAAGCUCGCCGUCUUUCCCGAAACCACUUUCUCGACUUUCUUCCCGCGCUACUGGAUCGAAGACGAGGCGGAGAUUGCUGCUUACUUCGAGAAGGAGCCGGUCGAAGGCAUCGCCUACUGCGACACCGUCAAGGGGUUCUUCGACAAGGCGGCGGCGCUCGGAGUCGACGUCGCUAUCGGGUACGGCGAGGAGACGCCCGAUGGGACUCGCUACAACACCGCUUCCUACGUUUCCGACCGCAAGACCGUGGGCAAGUACCGCAAGGUGCAUCUGCCUGGUACUUUCGAGCCGUUCAGCAAGGACCCGUCCGUGACGAAUCAGCUUGAGAAGUACUACUUCACUCCAGGCGACUACGGCUUCAAGGCGUUUCGGGCGCCGUCGCUCAAGAAGGCGUGCGGCGGCGAGAAGAGCCCGAUUGUCGGGCAGCUCAUCUGCAACGACCGGCGAUGGGCUGAGGGGUGGAGAGUGUACGGGUUGCAAGGUGUCGAAAUCAUGUGUAUCGGCUACAACACGACCGCAUGGGCGCCGCAGCUUUGGGGUAUCGACCCGGACUCGAUGACUCGCGAGGAGGCUUACGCGGACGCCAUGUUCCACCACAAGCUGGUUUGCCAAGCGAAUGCCUACACCAACUCGACCUUCCUCAUUACCUCCGCCCGAUGUGGCAACGACGACGGCAUCCACCCUCUCAUCUCCGGCUCCAUGAUUGUCGACCCAGAAGGCCACAUCGUCGCCGAAAACAAGACGGAGGAAGACGAGCUAGUCGUCGCGGACAUUGACCUCGACGCGUGUCAGCAGGGCAAGACGAAGACGUUCGCGUUUGGGAAGCAUCGGAGGGUCGAGCAUUACGGGCUGAUCUGCGAGAGGGUGGGCGUGGUCGAGCCGGAGGAGCCGGAGGCGGCGUAG